CUCAACUUUUGGCAUACUGUCACUGUGCACACUACAUUAGUAGAUUGUGCGGCAAAGGUCCGGCUUGUAUCUACCUUAUAUACGUCGUCGACUAUGAAUAACGUGGUGCAGUACGUGUUGGUGCGAGGUGACCUGACCAGGACCCUGAAGUGGCCGUCCGGCGCCGUCAUGGCCCAAGCGUGUCACGCUUGUGUCGCCGUGGUGCACACUUACUACUCGGAUCCGGACACGCAGGCGUAUCUGAAGGAUCUCGGGAACAUGCACAAAGUCAUCUUGGAAGUACCCGACGAGCCCGCCCUGUUGAGCACGGCCGCGGCGCUCAGCGCAGACGGAGUGCAACACGUCGUGUGGAAGGAACAGCCAGAGGACGUGGCCACGUGCGUGGCGCUCAAACCUUGCGCCAAGGGCACGGUGAUGAAGUACGUGCGGAAGUUCAAGCUGUACAGCGCGUGACACAAGUGAUAAAUAAUGAUGACCCCACGUGGCAUGCAAGCCGAACGGGUGAGUCUAUUAUCGCUGCGAGGGGUGUGGAGGGGUGUCCGCCCGUGGGGAUCAACGGCCACCGCCAAUUGACAUCAAUCAUCUAAUUGGCCGCUAUACGUGGAAUUCAAUAUAAUAAUAAUGUGUACCUAAUAAAUAAACGACAAUGGUCACCUCAAACACGUUCACAA